CUACUAGUAGUAGUACACCGCCGUUGACAGAAGUCCGUUGGCUUGUGUGCGGGAUGUUCGUCUGCUAGCGCGCGGCCCGGCUACCUCCGAGGAUGUUCGCUAAUCAGCGCGUGCUGUGCGUGAUGUGCGCCGCCGUGCUGACGACCGCGGCCCACGUGACCAGCCAGGGCUCCGAGGACCGCCUGUGGGAGGAGAUGGGCAGCCUGCGAGUCCUCAUGAGCGCCGUCGCAGAGUCGCUGGAGAAGUUCAACACGCUGUACCUGGGGAAGCUGGAGCACCGGAUGGUGACGACGGCGACCACGCUGUCCAGCAUCGACAGCAACGUGAAGAACCUGCAGGAGCGCGCCCACGUCUGGGACACGUUCCAGCUCCACGUGGCCGCCUGGAACGAGCAGAUCAACAUCCUCCACAAAAAGGUCGACAUCCUGUCCAGGGGCCAGGAGCGGCUGGAGACGCUGGACGUGCGGCUGUCGCAGCUGCAGGGCCUGGAGGCGGCGGUGGAGCGCGUGUCGGGCCGCGUCGACUCGGCCGACCGCCGGCUGAUGGCGCUGACGCGAGCCGUGGAGCGCCGCACCCACCACGGCGCCGCCGGGCCGCUGCUCGGCGAGUUCGCCUCCAGGGGGGUCCUCAGCACGCUCCGGCUCAUCGAGCGGAAGGUGGACCGGCUGCAGAACGGCGUGCUGACGGGCGGCGGCGGGGGCGGCGGGGGGCGGCGGCGCGGCGGGGGCGGCCGUGACGAGGUGCUGGAGGCGGGCGCCGGCGCCGAGGAGCGCGGCCGCUACGUCAUCCGCUGCCAGACGCCCGCCGUGCUCGAGGAGCUGCUCAGGGACGUCGCCUCCAAGGUCGACGUCAUCUUCGACAAGGUGACUGCAGGCUCCGACCUGCCGGACCUGGGCGGCGACGACGACGACCAGGAGCCCAACAACGAGCUGCGCCACCUGCAGGAGCACAAGGUCGUCGACAGGCUGUGGCGGCGGCUGACGGCGCCGCUGAAGCGGACGGCACGCGCGCUGGAGGCGGUGGAGGCGACGGUGGGCAACGCGACGGCGGGCCAGGCGGGCGCGCUCGUGUCGCUGGAGCAGUGCUGCGCCGAGACGCGCCGCGUCGCCUCGCAGGCCGACCAGCUGGUGCGCCAGGUGGAGGCCGCCGUGGCCGGCGUCGCCGCGCGCGACCACAAGCUCGACUCCAGGCUGCAGGCGCUAGAGACGAGGCUACUGGAGACGUGCGCCGCCCGAGAAGGCCACAACGGUAGCUGGCAGGGAGACAGUGGUGGCGGCGGCGGUGGCGGCGGCGGUAGCAGUGGCAGGAACAGCAAUUCCAGCUCCAGCUCCAACACCGGCUCCAGGAGAGACGGCGUCUGGGUAGUAGGAGGUGCAGGCCGCGGCAGAGCGCCGCCCGACGACUCGGACGAACUGGAGGCGCCUGGCUCCGACCAGCCCGACGAGGAGGGCAGCGGGUCGGACCUGGAGCCGGAACCGCCGUUCCUGCCGACGGCGGGGGCGGAGGCGGAGCCGGAGCCGGAGGGGGCGGACGGCGGCCGUACCGACGAGGAGGCGGGCGCGGCGGCGCCGGGGGCGGCGCCGGUGUCGGGCUGCGAGGACCUGGCCGCGGGGGCGGCGGCGGUCGGGGGGGUGCGCCGCCUGGGCGCCGCAGACCUCAACGAGGCCGGCAGGGACUUCCGCCUCCGCUACUGCCACUGGGACCACGAGGGCCGCGCCUGGACGGUGAUCCAGCGCCGUGGGGACUACGGAGACAGCCCUCUCAACUUCACCCGCACGUGGGACGAGUAUCGUCACGGAUUUGGCGACCUGGACAAGGAGUUCUGGUUCGGCAACGACUUCCUGCACAGAUUGACCCACGAGAAGGAGAUGAUGCUACGAAUUGAGCUGGAAGCCUUUGACGGCCGUACUGCAUGGGCCGAGUACAACACAUUCAGGGUGGCGGCUGAGAGCCAGUGGUACCGGCUGUCGGUGACGGGGUACCGCGGCAACGCCUCGGACUCGUUCUCCGCGCACAACGGCGUCUACUUCAGCACCGUGGACAACAAGCAGGACCAGGCGCCAGAGUGCUGCCCCUGCGCCCGCUCCUACGGCGGCGGCUGGUGGUUCUACAGUUGUUUCGAAGCCAACCUCAAUGGUGUCUGGUUUGCUCCGGGACAACCACGGCCAUCUUACAGAGGCAUUAUCUGGCAGUACUGGCUUGGAGAUCGCUCUCUAAGAAGAGUCACCAUGAUGAUACGUCCACGUGAUCCGCCUCCCACAAUUGGAGAUUCUGAAUUUGAAGAGCGGUCGUCUGAUGAUGUGCCUCCAAUUGAUAUACCAGAGGACCCAUAGUACUUCGGCUGUGACUAAUAGUGAAAGUGUUGUAAGUUCCAGAACUAGUAAACAGAACAUUUACUUUUGCCCUAAUAGUUGCACAUAAUACAAUGUACAGAGACAUAUGGAGAUAUGUGAGGACUCAAGAGUUUUCUAGUGACCACAUUUUUUAAUAAACACAAAAAGCAAAGAAAAUAAAUAAAAUACAUUUACUAUCAUAGGUGAGAAUUUUUCUUGUACAUAAAGACUGUCUAUCAGAAAUAUCACAUACAAAUUUGGUAUUAUAUGUAUUAUUAAAACUAAUUUAAAAUCACACUAAAGCAUUUAUUUAUAUUUACUGUUAUCAGAGACAUCUUGAAUACAUACCAUAGUUUAUAGUCUGCUACAGGCUUUAAUAUUUCAUGUAUUUUGUAUUAAAUAUUUUGUUCAAUGGUACAAAGUUAAUAAAAGAAACAAUUUCAUUUCAAGGUAACACUAAAAUCACAUCAAAUUCCACUUACAUCAUUAGUAUGUUAGAACAGUCACAAUGGGGAGAUUAUCAGAAAUAAAAUGUAAUUGUUGAACACAUAAAAUUAUAUGGCAUCUGUGAGUUUAAUUCGUAUAUAUAAAGCAAGCUAUUGGUCUUUCUCCCAAGCAAAGUGGUUAGCUUCUUUUUGUCACAUUCUACAUCUAUAUUCUGCAAACCCCUGUGAAGUGCAUGGCAGAGGGUGAUUCCAUGAAAAACAAACACUACACUGAUUCACAUAGCAUCGAUUUUGCAUGGCCUUUAUCAUGGUAGUUUGUCAGUAUUAUCUACCACACAUUACUGAAUUUCCAUCACUUUACAUAAUGUAUAGAUAAAAUCCUUAAUCAAUUCAUUAAUCAAAUGAUUUUUCAUGUACUUUUUCAUUGAGUGCAAAAUCAAAAUGAAGAAAUAAAAAUGCUGAAUAGUUUUUCACAUGCAGCAGUUACAUGAUUAUUGUAUAAUAGUUACAAUUAUAUAGCUCCAAGAGGCUCUGUAAUAUAUUUUAAUAUACAGCUUUGUAAAUUAACAAUAUAGAGUGCUCCAAACAUGCAAACUACAUCAUCUUAUUACUUUUGUAAUUAAUUUAUUUUUGUACUAGUGUUAUAAUGUGUAGAGAUUGUUUUUUAUCACAAUAAUAGCAAUAAUGUCAGAUUGCUAGCUAAAGAUUCAUUAUUUUAAAUUGACAGAGAUGGUUUGGAAUUUUUCACCUAUUGAGAUUACGUGAAAUACUUGUAGUGGCAAUAUGUCAGUUUUAAAUGUGUGACUAAUAACAUGUGGAAACCAGUACUCAAUGUUUAUUACUGGUUUACGGUUGUAUAUUUUAUAUGUAGUACAAAUAAACUUAAUAAUAAAUG